AUGGACUUCCAGAACGCCCAACAUCUGGUGGCCGCCGCCCAGAAGGUGCGCGCAGAAUACCUCAAGGGUGCCCAUACCACCUCUAUCUCCGUCCAGCAAAAGGCCACCUGCCGCAACGAUCCUGUCAAUGGCCCUUUCUGGGUCAGCAAAUUCUCCCUCCCCAGACCAACUGACGAUAACUCGCGCGAGCUUCUCCUACAGCUGAUAGACGAGGCAAACGAGCACCAGGUACGCUACGAUCGCCCGGAGUCGGCUCCGCUGGACUUUGAAUGGGUGGGAUACCGUAGCAAUGUCCAGAAGGACACGCCGGAGCCCGCGAUUGGGGAACAGGAGAAGUUUGAGAAGUUGAUGGCGGAGACCAAGAGCCCCUUGACUAUACUCUACCUCUACGGGGUCCACACAAAGCUGUGCCGGCCUCCUUCGAUUGUGGUUGCCGGUGAUAGCUCCGGCUCCUGUCUAGCCCUAGGCCUCCUCCAGGUCCUGCUUCGAUUGCAGCGUCGGGAUGCCACAAUCACUUUCCAUGGAGCGAAACAGGCACCCGUUGUGCCGGCCGGGAUGUCCCUCCUCAGUCCUACGGCUGACCUCACCAAUGCCUUCCCCUCGUUCGAGCGCAAUGCUUACUGCGACAUCUUCCCCACCCCGAUCGAGAAGCUGCCCUACCUGGAAAAGACGUUCCCGACCUGUCCGGCCUGGCCUACACGUCCGCCACGUGCCAACCUCUACUGUGAGGCAGGCAUGUUAGCGCAUCCAAUAGCGAGCCCCGCAGCUGCGGACGACUGGACAGGCGCCUGUCCCCUUUGGUUGGGGUCAGGUCAGGAGCAGAUCGUUGACGCAUCACGACUGGUGGCCCGGGAGGUGCAUCGCGCAGGCGGAUCUAUCACCCUCCAGGAGUACGAGAACAUGCCCCACACUUUCUUCUUCGUGUUCCGGAUGGCCCCGCAGACAAAGCAGAUCCUGACGGAAUGGGCUCAGUCCAUCGUACGAUUUGGGCAGGGGGAGCGACCGCCCUCGAGUGCUCAGUUCAUCCGGGCGCAGGGUCUGACGGCGGAACCCCUGGUGGUGGAGGAUCUGGUGCCGUUCACGGUACAACAGGCGCAGCAGUGGAUGUGGACCAAGACCCAUGACUAUAAAGUACCGGCCUUCCAUCAAGAGGGCCGAUCUAGCUUGUAG